GUCAUGCAGCGUGCGUGGGACAGUCCAGUCUCCAGUGCAGGCUCCAGUCCUGGGAGCUGUGAGCAGGAUCCUGCGGCUCCGGCUCCCUGUCCUAUCUCCAGCAUCACACUGCAGCUGUAUGGUGGAUCUCAUCGUCCCUUAUCCCUUCCUGGCUGCUAUGGGGGACCAUCCCAAAAAGAAGCCUGGAUUGGCGGUGUGUGUGGGCUGUGGGAGUCACAUCUUGGACCAGUACAUCCUGAGGGUGUCCCCGGACCUGGAGUGGCAUGCCGCCUGCCUGAAGUGUGCGGAGUGCAGCCAGUACCUGGAUGAGAACUGUACCUGCUUCGUCCGGGAUGGCAAGACCUACUGCAAGAGGGACUACAUCAGGUUGUUCAGCACUCGGUGUCCCCGAUGCCAAGGCACCUUGCCACGUUCAGAGCUGGUAAUGAGGGUUGGGGAACGAGUCUAUCACACUGAUUGUUUCAGAUGUUCAGUCUGUAGUCGACGGCUUCUUCCGGGUGAGGAAAUCAGCCUCAGAGACCAGGAAUUAUUGUGCGGGGCAGAGCAUAACAUUCCAGAAAAUGGCAGAUCCUCUUCACAUAGGUCUCAUAUCCAUAAGCAGACCGAAAAGACAACGAGAGUACGGACUGUUCUGAAUGAAAAGCAGUUACACACACUACGAACGUGCUACGCAGCCAACCCUCGACCGGACGCCUUGAUGAAGGAGCAGCUUGUAGAAAUGACUGGGCUCAGCCCGAGGGUGAUCCGGGUCUGGUUUCAGAACAAACGCUGUAAAGACAAGAAGAGAUCCAUCUUCAUGAAACAGCUACAGCAGCAGCAACAAAUCAGCGACAAAACGAGUCUUCAAGGGUUAACAGGAACGCCACUUGUAGCAGGAAGUCCCAUCCGCCAUGACAGUGCCAUGCAGGGAAAUGCAGUAGAGGUACAGACCUAUCAACCUCCCUGGAAAGCGCUCAGUGAUUUUGCAUUGCAGAGUGACUUGGAUCAACCUGCAUUUCAGCAGCUGGUAUCAUUUUCCGAAUCAGGUUCCCUCGGUAACUCUUCUGGGAGUGAUGUUACCUCCUUGUCUUCCCAACUUCCAGAUACCCCAAACAGCAUGGUCCCUAGUCCGGUGGAAACGUGAGGUCUUCAGAUUAGGACUGAGCAGCAUGGACCCCGCAUGAAAACCCCUUUACACUUCAAACGAUGAACAAACCCAGCCACUCACAUUGCAGGACCUCCUCCCCAUCCAUGGGGCUGUGUGCAUCAGUCUGGAACCCGCACACCUCUGACUUUAUACUGGGAUUUGGGAAGAAAACAGGAAUUUAUAGUUCUUUUUUGAACUCGUCUCACCCACAACUCAUCUCAGACGAAGGUGACUCUGAUCCGGGCAGAGUUUUGUCCACCACUAGUGACGUGAUCGUCUGCUUUCAGUGUUCUAAUGGCUGAGACUCUGUCUUCUUACCUGAAGUCAUGGGAUAUAGAAAUAUUUAUAAGUAUCAAAUGCUGAGACGUUUGAAUAUGAUAAUUUAUCUUGUGGAUCGAGGACUUUAUUAUCAAACAAAAGUAAGUUAUUAAUAUUUAUUGUCAAAAUUGCUGUUACAUUGAUUAAUAUGAAAUCUUAAUAAAAAAAUUAUGUAAAUGUC